ACUACUUGAAGGUUCAUGCCACAACCAGCAUGAUGGAAAGAGCGCGCGAUAAUGAAGUCAUCAGAGAGCGCGAACAGUAGUGUCCAUCCGCAGUUUUGUGUAAAGUUUUUACUUCUGGGUCGAUCGUCCUAAACUACACAGUAGCUUAUCUAAAGACCUGACAGAAGAUGACUUUGCAGUGGACUGCAGUUGCAUCUUUCCUGUAUGUGGAGAUCGGCGUUCUUGUCAUCUUCUGUCUGCCUUUUAUCUCGGCUCAAAGAUGGCAUAGUAUUUUCAAAUGGAGCAUCUGGAACCAUCUUUCCCAGUUCUGGAACAAGGGAUUCCUCACCAUGAUAAUAAUCCUCAUUGUUCUGUUUCUUGAUGCCCUUCGGGAGGUGAGGAAGUAUUCUAGUGCUGACCAGACCAAAGAUGCCAAGCUGCACCCAAACAUGUUUGAUCACAUGCACAUGAAGCUGUUUCGAGCACAGAGGAACCUCUACAUCUCUGGCUUCUCGCUUUUUCUGUGGCUUGUGAUGAGGAGAGUUGUCACUCUGAUUAACCAGUUGGCCGUGGCCACCAGCACUAGUGCCGCCCUGCAGACUCAAACUGAAGGCGCAAACCAAGCUGCCAAGAAAUACAUGGAGGACAAUGAGCUUCUCAAACAGGCUCUUACAGAUGCUAAAGGAGACAGAGGAAAGAAAGACGACUCUGAAGAGAUUAAACGACUGAAGAAAGAGGUGCAGCGACAAACAGAAGAACUGAAGAGCAGCAAAGAUGCCCUGAAAAAGUCCAUGUCAGAUUUAGAUGCCAUGAAGAAACAAACAGAAGGACUCACCAAAGAAUAUGAUCGCCUGCUUCAAGAGCACCAAGAGCUUCAGAAUCAGUUGGAUAGCAGAGACAAAAAAGAUAACUAGCAGAACCGACACAUCGAACAUCAGAAAGCUGUAAGAACGUCUUCCUCCUACAUGAACUCACCUGGUAGCACUCGUAUGAAAUGAAAACGGUAUGAGUUCUCAGGUCUGAACCAUUCAUGACAUCACAUCCUGUCCAGUUACCUGCUCACAACACAUUUGAAGUAGCAGUUUGCACCAUUUCAGGGCAACAAUCAAUAUUUUUCCUUUUCUAUGGUUAUGAUGUUCUGGUUGAAGCGAUGCAGUACUGUAUUUUGAAAUAGCUGCUUGGUACGGAGUCAAAUUUGUUAAAUAACACCAUUCGAAAGUCUGGUAAUACAGUAGCUACAUAAAACUAUUUAGUGCAAUGAAUGUGUUAACAGGAGAGCCAAAGCCAUAUCAAGUGAUGCUUGUGUGUUGCAUUGAUAUACCUUGUGUCAUUUUCCCUCUCUUUUGCGAUUCUCUGCCAUAGAAAUAAACAAACAUGCUAACAUGA